GCUUAGCAUGAUUUCGCGAACGGAAAAAGUUAGACUUUGUUCUAGCUAUUCUAAUGGUCGAGUACUUUGAAUUUUAAGCUCCAUUUAUUUGAAAGGGUGACCUUGCGAUCAGCCAAGAUUAUAUGGAACCAAGCAAACUCACAUACUUUUAUCAGCUGUUCUUUCUCCGCGGAAUUUCAACGCUGACCUCUGGUAGUGCUGAACUUGGCGGUACAUUACAAGCUGCGGCGAUAAGCUGCUUACGCCGAACAUAAUGGAACGUGAAUUGGUUGAUGGUUACAUUCUUUAAUCUUACGAGGUUUGCCAUUCAUGCGAGCUGAAAACUUUCGCAUGUCGACGUGAUUGCAUUGUAGGAAAAGCGGUUAUGAGGAAAAAAAGGUCCGAACGUGAUGGAAACGGUUUUCAUCGAAUUCAAAGUUCAGGAAUGUUGAUCCAGUGAAGACAUCGUCAAUUUUUUUCGCCCAAAAGAUUGAAGAACUUGCAUUGUCCCAGCAACUCGGCCCCGACGUUCAAAAAUGACGACUUCCCGAUUGUUGGUAAUGCUAAUCGCAGCUGGUUGUUGUGCGAUUUUGUGCAACGGAUCUCAGUCUUGUGGUUUACUACAUCAGAAUGUUACAAAGGGAAUUGACAGAGUGUUAGUCAGUGAACGUCAUUCGUUUGGAGCAGACUUUAGGAACUUUUGUCUUUCCUAUGAAAAAGAGAAGUGGCUGAGCUUAACAAAAGGAGCUGUCUGCUUUGGAGGGAGUGGCAACGAAUAUGCCACCCUUGUGGUACCAAUAGAGGGCUUCCUAAUGUCAGUCAAAUUGACCCACGUCAGUGGACUCAGCUCAUGCAAAAGAAAUUCUCCCCAAUACAACAGUAACUGGGGUUGCUCUCGCAAUCAUCCUGAACACGGCAGAUCGCCCUUUAACGUUGUCGUAACGACGGCACCCAGAAAUGACAUUCUCUUUCCGACACAUUUUUUUCUUCAACACAACAAGGGAUCCUAUUGGUACGACAAACCAGAAGUGGACCCUCACUCACCGGAAAUAAUCCUUACAGAUGCAUCAAAUCCCAUUUAUGUUGCUAUGGGCCAAGAGCUCCGUGUGUGGUUUGGAGAAGACCUGUUGAAGUCUGGUGUGAAGAAAAAAGGAGGUAAAGUCUGUAUAACCGCGCAAGCCUGGUACAAGCAUUGAGCUGUCUACAUGUCACGUGACCAAUUAAUGCAUAUGUUGCCCGAAUAAAUUUCAGAACGACCUCAAGGGAAAAAACUGACUUUUGAAGCUACUUUGCUCAGUUGAGUUGUAAUUUACGAAAGACUAUCUCUUAGAGUAUUUUAAAGUUUUAUUUAAAAAGUUAGACAAGUCGGAAAUAAGACAAGAUGCCUAAGGCUUACGUUGACAGUUCAGACUUUGAAUCACAAUCCUACCACUCAGUGUAAAAGAAAAUUUAAAGGAACUUCAGCAUUUAUCUCCCCCCAUAACCAAUUAAUUUUCAGUUUACUCAAUAGUAAAUACCGAACCCCUUUCUCAUAGCCUAAGAAAAUAAAGAGAAAGCAGUCAGUUUCAGGCUUCAGUUAUUGGUGACCACGUGAGAAGAAGAGAUUUUAACUGGCCUGAAACAAACCAGCUCGCUAUUUCAA